AUGUUUUUCACGGCCACUGACCCGGAUUCUCAAAAAAGCUGCUGGCACCCUUCAUCAGCUGGCGCCCUCUACCAGCUGGCACACUCCAUUAGCUGGCACCCGCCACCAGCUGGCACCCUCACCAGUGGCACCUCCACCAGCUGGCACCCUCCACCAGCUGGCACCCUCCACCAGCUGGCACCCCCUACCAGCUGGCACCCUCCACCAGCUGGCACCCUGGCACCACCACCAGCUGGCACCUCCACCAGGCUGGCACCUCCACCAGCUGGCACCCUCCACCAGCUGGCACCUCCACCAGCUGGCACCCUCCACCAGCUGGCACCUCCACCAGCUGGCACCCUCCACCAGCUGGCACCCUCCCACCAGCUGGCACCCUCCACCAGCUGGCACCCACCAGCUGGCAGCUGA